AUGGGCAUCAAAACAGCUCAGAAAAAUGGAGCCUUCGUGACCCAGGACCAAACCCUGCCAUCCCCAGGAGACAGAAUCCUGGGCCAUCAAGAGACCAUGCUUCCAGGAGAUAUGCCACAUUGCCUGAGACUCUUUUUAUACUUUGAGGCGCUUCUUCUUCUGUCCUCCUUGUUUAUGGCUUUCCACACCCACUCACAUUCACACUUCCUCUCACCAACAGCCGCUGUUUGGGGUCAAGGUGCUCUGAUGCCUUGUGAGAAGAGCCAGUGUGUGAUAUCCACUUCUUUUUCAGAGAUGACAAUGAGAAAACUCAUCAUCUGUUUGACUGUGGCUGCUAUCCUGCCUAUCUCCAUUCUAGGGGUUGGCCCACCUAGAGUCCCAUAUGAAGCCAUUUCCACUGUAGCUACCAGGGUCCAGCAGGAGAUUGUGAACAAGCACAAUACCCUCAGGAGACUUGUGGAGCCACCAGCUAAAAACAUGCUGAAAAUGGAGUGGAAUGAAGAAGCUGCCCAAAACGCCAGAUACUGGGCUGAAAAGUGUGAGGUGCAACACAGCCCUCAACCUGGAAGGCAGAUUAAAGAUCAUUCCUGUGGGGAAAAUCUGCUGUUUGCAACCUACUCUCUGUCAUGGUCAGAUGCUAUCCAAAUCUGGUAUAACGAAUCCAAAAACUUCCAGUACGGAACCGGGGCAACAAAACGUGGGGCGAUGGUCAGUCAUUACACUCAGCUGGUUUGGUCCACUUCUUACCAGAUUGGCUGUGGAGCAGCCAACUGCCCCAAAGAGAAGUCAUUUCAGGUCCUCUUCAUUUGUCAGUACUGUCAUGCAUCUUUUUUUUUUCUCCUGAAUGGGGUGAUGAGAUCUGAACUAAGCUAUAUGUGCAUACCCCUUUUAGAUGAGUCUUGUUUGAUCACUUUUCUCUUGGUGUCCUUGUGUAGGGGAAACGAUCCAGAAACAAUGAAUACCCCUUAUAAGGUAGGGCCACCUUGUGGAGACUGCCCUAAAAACUGCAACAAUCGACUUUGUAGUAAGUUUUGAACAUUAAUUCUUCUAGAGUGGACAGUUAAUCACUGAGGCACCUAAAUAAUCUUUUAUC